UGGACCGCCGGAUGACAGCGGAGAGGAGGCGGGGGAGACACGAAGCUGCUCCCAGACUACCCAGACCAAGCGGGCAGAGCAGCGCGGCCAAAAUGAAGGAGCUGAAGGGCUGCGGUAUGCGCUGCUCGGUGGGCUUUCUGUCCCGCAGGGAGCUGACCGGACAGCCGCUCAUGAAGGACGAAUUUCAGAGACGGAGGCUGGCAGGCUGCACCAGCCUCUACAAGAAAAAUUUGGAGGGCCAUUUUGGCUGCGUCAACGCCAUUGAGUUCUCCAACAACGGCGGAGAAUAUCUGGUGUCUGGAGGCGAUGACCGGCGUGUGCUUCUGUGGGAUAUUGAGAAAGCCAUCCACUCCCAUUCCAAGCCGGUGAAACUGAAGGGCGAGCAUCUCUCCAACAUCUUCUGCCUCGCCUUCGACAGUUCCAACUCAAAAGUCUUCUCCGGCGGAAACGACGAGCAGGUGAUUCUUCACGACGUGGAGAGUCAGGAAACUCUGAACGUGUUCCUGCAUAUAGACGCUGUGUACAGCUUGUCCGUCAGCCCCGUCAACGACAGCAUCUUUGCGAGCUCGUCCGACGACGGCCGCGUUCUGAUCUGGGACACUCGGGAGCCGUCGCACGGAGAGCCGUUCUGCCUGGCUAGUUACCCUUCAGCCUUUCACAGCGUGAUGUUCAACCCUGUGGAGCCUCGGCUGCUGGCCACGGCCAACUCAAAGGAAGGAGUUGGACUGUGGGACAUUCGUAAACCACGCAGCUCUCUGCUGCGCUACGGUGGCAGCAUGUCCCUGCAGAGCGCCAUGAGCGUCCGCUUCAACAGCACGGGCACGCAGCUCCUGGCUCUGCGGCGCCGCCUGCCGCCCGUCCUCUACGAGCUGCACUCCCGCCUGCCCAGCUUCCAGUUCGACAACCAGGGCUACUUCAACUCCUGCACCAUGAAAAGCUGCUGCUUUGCGGGCGACAGGGACCAGUACAUCUUGUCUGGAUCAGAUGACUUUAAUCUGUACAUGUGGAAAAUCCCAAACGACCCUGAAGCAGGCGGGCCUGGUCGCGUGGUGAACGGAGCGUUCAUGGUUCUGAAGGGCCACCGCUCCAUUGUGAACCAGGUUCGCUUCAACCCUCACUCCUACAUGAUCUGCUCCUCCGGAGUGGAGAAAGUCAUCAAGGUGUGGAGUCCGUACCGGCAGCCCGACAGCGAGGGGGAUCUGGAGGGCCGGGUGGAGGACCGGUCCCGCAGCCUCUACAGCCAUGAGGAGUACAUCAGCCUGGUGCUCAACAGCGGCAGCGGCCUGUCCCACGACUACGUCAGUCAGUCCAUAGAGGAGGACCCGCGCAUGAUGGCCUUCUUCGACUCUUUGGUGCGCCGGGAGAUCGAGGGCUGGAGCUCGGACUCCGACAGCGACCUCAGCGAGGAGGCCAUCAUGCAGCUCCACGCCCGCGGCCGCCGCUCCACACAGGCUGCAUCGGCGGCUCCUGUCGUCGCCUCGGCUGCCGACCGCCACACCGACUCCGACAACUCCUCGUCUUCCUCGUUGGCAGGACCCGACGCCUCAGGCGGGGAGGAGGGAGCCGCCGGGGAAGACGGAGAGGAGUGUCCCAGGAGACAGAGGAGACGGCCACAACACCAGUCAGGCUUCUUGGCCAACGAGGACUCGGACUCAAGUGAGUUUUGGCUCGACCCGAUGCCCCGUCCUCGCUCGCCGAGCCCCAGGGAGAACUCCACGCUCUCCAGCCCCAGCAACUCUCCGUCGCUGCCCGCCGAGGCCUCCAGUUCCUCCACGUCCACCUCCAGCUCCAGCAGCGAUGAUGAGGAGCGCCGCAGCGCUGUCCGACGUCAGAACGUGGUGAGGCGGCGGCGCAUGAACGUGGUCUCCAGGGCCGGGUACCGACCCGAGUCCAUACAGGCUCUGUUUUCAGCCAUCGACUCGUACAACUACCCGUCGAUCUCCGUCGACGACCUGUCGACCUCCUCGUCGGACGAUGAGCCGAACUCCCCGAAGAUCAAACCUCGGGCUUCCGCUUCCAGAGAGGAGGAAAAGCACCUAAGUCCGUCGGAGUUUGUGUGUCUGAGUCCGGUGAUGUCUCCGGAAAGCCAAGACAACAACGGGAGUGACAGGACUGAGCAGGGAGGGCGUUCCGUCGCGUCGCCUCAGUUACCGGACGAACUCGGCAGCCCUUACAGCAGAGAGGCCAACGACGUCUCAACUGUCGCGGACGACGUCUCUCAAAGCCGACGUAGUCCGGGAGUGAACGGGCAACGCAGACCCGUCACGCCUUCCACUCAGCGCGCGUCCUCAGAGUCCGAGGACGAGAUCGGAACGCUAGCCGAAGAACCCAGGCCGCAGAGGGAGAAGGGCCUGGCGCAGAGCGCUCUGAAGCGGACUCACGUCGGGUCGGAGGAGGCGGAGUUGGGCUUGUCGUCCUCCGAAAAGAAGCUAAAGACGUAACAGAAGCCUCUUCUCAUUUGUACCCAGAACAAAACUUACUAAUUGGAUUUUUUUAUGAGUUUCUACAACUCAGUUGUUUGUUUUUUUUACAUUUCAGACUCCUAGUUAUGAAUCACAUGACCUCACAUUGCUAAAGAACAGCUAAGAAUGGUUGUUUUGUUGUUGUUGUUGAAGAGCAAACAGAUUGGGCCAUAUCUUCAUCGUUUCGGUCAAACCUACAGAUCACAUUAAGACAUAAAUUAGCUGCGUGUUGGUACUACGUGAGAGGCGUUUAUUUUUAUGAGACCUCAGUAUUCAUUUUUUGUUUUGUUUUGGAGGGGGGGAGGGUUUCCCCUCCACCACCUCCUAAUGUUCUGAUUGCUGCGCCCAGAUCCGCAGUUCGGUUCUGCCUCUGACGACUAAAAGAACUUGUGCGGAGCAAAAGCUUUGAGGUUUUUAGUUGAGCUUUGUUCUGAUCAGGUUUGUUGUCAUUAAGUGUUGCUCAGUUUACGCUGCUCCAGGAAGCCUGAAGAACUGACUCCCAGUCAGUUUCUGCUUGUAUAAACUGUGUUGACAUUUUGCUUUGUUUUUGUGUUCUUAAUCUGCCUACAGUUACAAAUCAUCUCACGUGUUUUCUUGCAACUAAAAAACUGAUCUGUGACCAAAAAAAACAACAAAAUGUCAGUGUUUACUUACUUUGAUAUACGUCAACAAUUUGAAAUAAUUAAGAAAUUUUAUAAAGGAUUCAAGGGUUACUCCUCA